AUGAUUGCUGCUCGUGUACUCCGCGUGUUCCUUUUCUUGUUCGGAAUCCUUGCUGUCGCCAGUGCGAGGAUGGUGCCCUCCAAGACGACGACUGUUACAGUCACCCCGACACCCACUCAGCAGCCAGGCCAAUGCAACACAGGCCCGAUUCAGUGCUGCCAGUCCGUUCAACCUGCUUCAAGUAGUGCAGCUAGUACUCUCCUUGGUUUGCUCGGAAUUGUCCUUCAAGACCUUACUGUUGAUGUUGGCUUGACCUGCUCUCCCAUCUCAGUCAUUGGCCUUGGCGGUAACGACUGUAACGCGUCGCCUGUAUGCUGCGAGAACAACAGCUUCAAUGGUCUCAUUGCUAUUGGCUGUGUGCCCAUUAACAUCAAUCUCUGA